AUUAUUUAUGCAAACCUGAGGACAACAUUUACAACAUUGACUUCACCAGGUUUAAAAUCCGGGACCUUGAAACUGGAACAGUGCUGUUUGAAAUUGCAAAGCCAUCUGCUUCAGAGCAAGAUGAUGAGGAUGAAGAUGACAACGGUGAACUGGACGCUAGUGCAGGCCGCUUCGUUCGUUACCAGUUCACCCCAGCCUUUCUCCGUCUUCGGACUGUUGGUGCAACAGUGGAAUUCACAGUGGGAGAAAAGCCAGUGUCAAACUUUCGAAUGAUUGAGAGACAUUACUUCCGAGAUCGCUUGCUGAAGAACUUUGACUUUGAUUUUGGCUUCUGCAUCCCCAGCAGCAGGAACACGUGUGAACACAUUUAUGAAUUCCCUCAGCUCUCAGAAGACCUUAUCCGUCUGAUGGUUGAAAAUCCAUACGAGACCCGCUCAGACAGCUUUUACUUUGUGGACAACAAGUUGAUUAUGCACAACAAGGCCGACUAUGCUUACAAUGGAGGACAGUAAUCAUUCUAUGUCCACUGGAUGCUGUGAUGCCGUUAACCGUUCCAGAUGUCCAGGAGCGGACUGGAGUUGCUGUCUCGUGCAACAAGGCUUCUUGCCAAACCUUUUCUUCUUGCACGAGGCUGAAAACAUGAAGCAAGGAUGACAGCUCAUGAAAGUAAAGGAAAUCUCCCUGCAACACUUUUCUAUCUGACACUCAACAUAUCCUGCCUCUCAUUUUCUGUUUCUGGUUACCUUCUGGUUCCUUGGUUAGGUCAUGGAUCAGAGGCACUGUUAGAAAAUUAUUGCUGUUACAGUCUUUAUAGCGAGGUUGCACUUUUAGUGCUUCUGAUGUGUCACCUUUUGGGUGACUACCCUCUUUCAAGAGGUCACAUAGUUUGGGUAAGCUCUUUCUUAGCAGGAAAGUUUUUUCCCCCUUCAGUUAGCCAGCGACGCCUGAAGAGCAGAUUUCUUCUUCAGUUGGAUGGAUCAUCUCUUUAGUGGUUUAGUUUGUAGCAUGGCUGAGAGGGCUGAGCAUUGCUUUUUAGGGUGCAUCCCAAUAUUCUCCAGUGGGAAAGAUAAGAGACUAAUUCAGCUUCU